AUGGCACCUGCUACUCCCGCAAAGGAUGACGAAGCUCACCAGCUGCUUCUGAGCCAACUCGAUAUCGCAGCCGUCCCCAAACCCUUCCGCAAUCCACACUGGAAACCCUCCCAGCGCCGCAACAAGAACGUCAAGGCGAUCAUCUCCGAGACUACUCGAAAGGAAGCUUCCCAGCUCGCUACGCAGGCAAAUUCCGGUGCCACGACACCUUUCCCUGCUACAUCGGGCGCGGUGACUACCGAUGGUACCGGAACACCUGCUGAAGGUGCUGGCAAGGCUCCCAACCUCGCACAAGCUGCCCGGGAACUUUCAACCCUCGUGCUGGAGAAGAAUGCCCGCGCGAUGUUUCCCAGCGGGCCUGCUAUUACCUACACGAACAUUGAGUCUGCGCCGUCGCUGGAUCCUUCUAAUAAGCGCCAUUACUGCGAUAUAACCGGGUUGUCGGGACCUUACACCGACCCCAAGACACGACUUCGUUAUCAUGACAAGGAGAUCUUUGGCGUCAUCCGCAAUCUGUCCCAGGGUGUGCCGGAGAGCUACCUCGAAGCAAGAGGAGCUCACACCGUCCUAAAAUAA